CCGCUUGCUUUUUGAUGCAUCACUCUAACUAAACAUUAUUAAAUGUAUAUUUUUAAAAGAAUAAAUCAAUUCGCGUUGCCAAAUACCAUUUUAAAUAAGUUUAUUGUGUCUGGGCAAUGUUAGCGUUGUGCGUGGUUUAGAUUUGUGAACAUGUUGAGUGGUUCGGUAUUAUAAAAGAACUGCUUAUAACAAAUACAAUUAUGAAUUCUACAAAAUUAUAUCCAUAAACAGCUUAACAUCUGAAAGUAAUGUGUAAUAUUCAUAUGCAUUUGUUUAUAUUUGUGUUAAAACUGAAUAUGACAUUUUAUUCAACAAGCACUUUAUUUUGGAAAUUCUCAAGAAAAGAUUCGCGUUGCAUUCACAUCAAAAGAAAAGGAACAAUUAAAAGGGAACACGUUCACGUUCCCAGUUCAACCAGCAUGUGUUUUGGUCGCUCACACAUGAACAAGCUAGCAGCUCUGCAAAGGUAGUUGGAUAUGACGAGGAGCAUCGAUGGGGCGCCAGGAGAAUAGCAAACAAUCGGCGUUUUCCUUGUUUGUGCACGAAUGGCGCAAACUGAGAGGGCACAAUCUGCAGUGGGAGGAGUGCAUCCAUUUGGCCGGACUGGCGUGGCAGAAAAUGAGUCCAGAGGAGCGCCAGCCAUACCACGACGCAGCACGUCAACUGAAAGCGGGCACAGUUCCCAGUACACAGUUGCAGAGAAACAUUGACCCGGAGCAGCAGCAGCGAAGUGAAAUAGAAAAUAUUGUGCGAUAUAGUGCCCAGCGAACAGUAUUGGAAACCCAAAGCUAUUAUUUCAUUAUGGUUAAUUACUACACAAAGGACGUCUAUGCGCCCGCGGAACUGGCCGUUGUCCAGUUCACUCUGAAGCAUGGCUUACGGAAUAUAUAUCAUACCCUGAUCAAUCCUGGCUCCAGUGUCCAUGGAUCACUAUAUAAGAACCAGCAGCAUGUGAAGGCCACGCAUCAGUUGCCGCUUCCACCAAAUGCCUUGGGUAAUGACGACUUAGAAGGUAUUCUGGCAGAUUUGCUCAAGUUCGUACGAUCGGAAUGUGGACCGGAGGGUGAACUUCCGCCCGUGUUUACUGUGCAAAACCAAAUAUCAGUUGUCAACAGUUCCCUUAAGUUUCUUAAUGGGGGCGUGGAGAGCCAGUUUAAUGUCUACCCCAUCGAAUAUCUUUUCUAUAUAUUGAAGAAAGCGACGUGUGAGGCUGGCAUGUUGCCGCCUCCAGCAUCCAUACAUAUCACUAAUUCCCAAUUCAAUCUGGAUCCGUAUGAAUUUCUGUCGGACAUCGGUUGCGAAUUCCACAAGCAGCGCGAUCUUUCGGCACAUUGCUCUAAAUCGUAUGUUACGCGCUGGGCCUUCGCUUUUGCUGGUUACAUGUGCUCUGACUUGGCAAUUAAAAUGCUUACAAAUCGUCACAUGCCCAGCCAUACCGAGAACCGUCUAGACAUGGAUCAGCCACCGAACAAUGAUAAGCAGAAGGAUCUUGUGAAUAUGCAAGAAGCUAACCAUAGAAGCAGUGAAAACCCUGAGCCAUCAGAGGUGACACACAUAAAGGAAGAACCUAUGCUGGAUGAUGAGGAAUUUAUAAAUCCAGAUGCGUUAGAUGCUCUUAAUAGUCUUGAUUUGGAUAACAUUUUUGAAGAGGACGAUAGCUGGGGAUUAGAUGCAGAUCAUUUGAAGCAUGCAAAAUUAGGGGAAGAUGAUGGAGAAAGUAUUAUGGAUGAUGAACGUGUAAAGAUCGAAGAGAUCGUAUUGGAUAAGGCGGAUGAUUUUGAAAAAGCGCCGCCGCCGCCCCCGAGUAUAGUUGAAGACCUCGCAGAUGACUGUGCCAUAUUUACGCGAAGACCAAAAAAACUUCAGAGUGAUUGUGAUAGCGAUCAAUUUAGUAUUAAUGAGAUAUCUUUGGAAGAAACAGAUGGGUCCUUCGUAAACAAAUCGGAAGAAAGCGAAUGUCUGAAUUUACGACCCCAUUCAAAAACCAAGACCGUAAUAGAUGUGAUACAUGAUAAAAGUGUUUCUUCGAGCCGAUCUAUCGGGCAUCAGAGGCGUCUUUCGCCUGACAGGGAAAGAGAUAGACUAUAUCGUCGAGAAAUUCACUCACAAUCACGUUGGCGCUCUAGCUCACGCUCCCGUUCACGGUCCUUAAAUCGCGAUGGCCGACGUCAUCAAAGAAUUUCCUUGCAUAGAAGAAACGCACGUGGGCGAUCUCGUUCUUCAAAUCGUACAAUCAGGGACCGAAAUGCUUCACGUGACAACAGUAUUUCACCUAGAAGGCAAAACUAUAGUUCUGGCUUGAGCCGCAGACCCUCACUUAGUCCACGAAGAGAAAAGUAUGACAGAAAACAAGAAUGUCGCAAAACAGAUACAAGCAGGCACAAAAUGGAUCACGGAAAUACAUCAUCAAGGCAACAAUCAAUUAGUCCCAUGAGAAGCGUUACCUUAAAAUAUUCCAGAAGCAGCAGUCGCGCCAGUAAACAGGCAAUAUUAUCCUUAAGGACUUCCCAUAAAAGCGAUGUCAAAGGUUUAAGCAAAAAACGAUGUACUCGAGAUUGUUCCCCAGACGUUUCCUCACCAAGAUCUCGAGGUGCGUUAGAUGACUCCAAGGAGAGACUUAAUCAUCGGAAACCCACGCACAAGCACAAAAAAGUGCAAAAAAGUUCAGUUUCACUCAAUGAAGUCUCUGUUAAAUCAGCUAUACCAAAUGUUGAGCUUUCAAGACCAAUUUCACAAAAUGUGGAAUUUUCCAACUCCGUUUCUUCAAUUUCUACGGUUUCAAGCCGUUUUUCGCGAGUGCUGCCGGCUAACAACAACCAUGCCGUCGGAGAAGGAAGCUCUCAUCCAAUUCCAUCCCAUAUUUCAUCAGUUGCCUUGCACACCACGUACAACAGCUACCAUUAUGGACCUGCACCUGCAUCUUACUAUCAAUUACAGGAACCCAUGAGCUUCCAGCAAUCACAAUACGAACUACCUCAACAUGAUUUGCGACACCGUUUGGAAAUAACGAAGUUCAAUUACUUGCCAGAAACUGACUUGCGGCAUCGUUUACAAGGCCGUAGCGAAUUCCCAAGUCAGAUGGUCAAUUAUUCGCGGGAACACCACUUUGCCUAUCAGUACCAUUCAUCAGCCUGGGAAUGUGAUAGCCUGAUCCCAUGGCAUGAUGGAUACGGAAGUUAUUUACCCAAUAACUACUAUUAAUUGUAUUAAACAACUUAGUCUGUAAUUGUACAAUUUGCUAAGAAACUAAGAGCCUAUGGAAUUGAUUUUAAAGAGCGCUAUGCUUCAGAGAGAAUAUUAAGUAUUCUGGUAUUGAUUUUACAAAUGAAAAAAAAAAAUAAGAUAGGAUAAGUCAUAAGAGCGUAGUAUUAAGUAUACCCUGUACCCAUUGAAAAUUGAUUUGAAAUAAGGGUCAUACCCCUUUGUACAUAAGGAUUCAAGUGUAUAUUAUUGGUCAGCAUCAUGUUGUGAUCAAAUCCCAACAAUGGGUUAGGAGGACUUAAGAUUGGGGAGGUUUUCUGAACUUUGCUGUAUGGUUACUAUGUGACCAAUAUGAAUACUUAUCAUAUUCUUUUUCGAGAUUGGAAGACGUUUAUCCAUGGUGAUUUAUAAGGGAGAUUCCGAUCGCACAUUUUUAUUGCUUGUUAUUUCUACUCAUUGGGAAGUUAUACACUUCCCUACAGUGCCUUCCUCUUAUUGGAAGAGAAGGGGUAUUAACAUUGAAAGUUCAGAUUGGCCUUAGGCACCCGUUUUGCUAGUUCUCUAUGAAGAUGGGUCUUAUUCAUACUUCUAUGGAUACAUGGAAGGCUUUAUAAUGUUCGUCCGUUAAGCUAUUUUAAUCGACUCCGUUACCUUUCUGCUCUCAGUUGAAGAUUGAGUUGGUUUGUAGGACGUAGAGCUUCAGCACGAAAAUUCCACCAUGAAGAACCUUUGUCUCCACUUUUCCCGAAAGGGUUCAAUCUACUACAACUUCAUUAAUUAUGCUACUAUUAAAUAUAAGUUGUCUUUAGUCAUAAAGUGGACCUUGCUUAAAUGGUUA